UGGACCGCCAACCCGGCAGAUCAGAGCUCUACUGGACAAUAUUUAGAGCAGGUUCAUAUCCUUCGAAGAAACUCUCAAUGCAGAGAAAACACACAGAUUCAGGCAGACUCGCUUUUUUAAUACACAGUUAUUUACCUUAAGACAUUUACUCCUGGCGGAGGGCUUUGCAGCUGUAUGUGCACUGCCAAAAAAUUGAGGAAAGAAACAUCUUUAGAACACCUCUCCAACACUUUGUCCUUUCCUGCAGCGGGACUUGGAGAGGGGCACCAUGCCAUUCCUCGGCGCACUGUGUGUGUACUUUCUGAUCAUCCUGAGGCCAGUUAUGACAAACAACAUCACCGUGGACAUAGACGUGUUGGUGUUUCUUCCACAAAAUAACUCUUACCCGUUCUCACACGCGAGGGUCGCACCGGCCAUCCUUUACGCACAGCAGCGGCUGCAGGCGGAGGGGGGGCAGUACUCCGGGAUCCACUUCAACAUACACUUUGAGAACUCCGACUGUGUGAAUGGGGCUCUGUUCCUGCUGCUGGACAGGUCGUGCGGGCAGAAGCCGGAUCUGAUCCUGGGUCCGGUGUGUGAGUACGAGGCGGCCGCGGUGGUCCGGCUGGCGUCGCACUGGGACAUCCCGGUGAUCUCGGCAGGUGCCCUGGCUGCCGGCUUCAGCAACAAGAACACCGAAUUCUCCCAGCUGACCCGCAUCGCCCCGUCCUACGUGAAGAUGGCAGAGACGUUCACCGCGAUGUUCGAGCACUUCACCUGGAGGAGCGCGCUGCUGCUGUUCGAGGACGACAAGCAGGAGCGCAACUGCUACUUCACCCUGGAAGGGGUCUACCAUCUGAUGGCGGACUUUAACAUCAAAUCAUACGCUGUUUCUAUGGAGGAACGUUUGGACACUGACGACAUCCUCCAAAACAUCCAUGACACUGAAG